AUGUGGAGAUUCCCAAUAAUCGCUCCACGGUUUGACUUUUCUUUUAGACUUAUAAAAUUUUUGCAUUUUUAGGAUUUCAAGAACUGCCAAAAUCCAGGUGCUAUUCAAGCACAAUGAGUCGUUUGCACAGACCACCAAUCAUUCAAAAUUGUAUGGAUGUUUCAUUUAUAGAAAUUUGUGGUGAUUUCAGUUCAAAUGCCGAUUUAUCAACUUUAGCCGACCAUAGGACAGAUUUAGUGCUACCGAAUGUUUUCAGCGACGUCCCCAUCAAAGAACUGUGAGAAAAUUUGGGAAAAAGGUCUUGAACGAGAAAUUUUUAUUUCAGAACAUCUUUCGAUGAUUUUGGCCUUAUUUCUUUCAAUAGGGAUCGAUAUCCUUCUACGGAAACUGUCUCUUCUGGGGAGGCCACAUCUUUCAUUGAUCAUCUGUUGAAGUGAGUGAUUUUCUAGAUUUAUUGAACAUAGAACAUAGUUCAGAACUGCCUCUAUCUCUAACUUUUCUGGGGUCAGCAUUCCAACGACGGUAAAUACGUCAGAACUUGGCGGGAAUGGCGAAGUCGCCGCCUUGCAACAUGUUUAAGAAUACUUUGAUUUAUUUUGUUGAAAAUGAAUCUUUCAGGUAGUGGAAUUGCUUGCUGAAGGAGCUGAUGUCAGUGAGGUGGUGGAAGAUUUGGUUCAGCCUGCAGAUUUAGUGUUUGUUUUUUUUUUAAUUUAUAUGAAAUUCAUGAUAGUUUUUUUCCAGGUUUCAGUAAGUCUAGAAAGUCAGAAACUCGGAAUAUUUUUGAAAAAAAGAUGAACUUUUUUUAUAAAACUUGCGCAAUUCGACGAAGAAUUCAAAAAAAUUAGCUAUUUAUUUUUUAUAAGUCCUUGUGCUUCAUUCAAAUUACAUUUUCACUUUUACAGUUUUCAAGUAUUAAAAAUCAUAUUCAGAGCCUACAGUUCGAUUUACGACGAGCAGCGACCGAGUACUUCCAGAGCAGGUCAACUGGAAGAAGUUCAGGCCCCGUUUUUGGUGCCGGAAUCCAUUUUGAAGGCCAAAUCAACAAGGCAAUACUUGUCGGAAAAACUGAGAAAACAAAGAAAAUCUCAUCUUUCCACUAUGCCGCCAGGUAAAGGACCAAGAAACAAGAAAUUUUGUGGAACUUGUGAUAUUUUCAGCCGCUGAACGACGUUCCAAGCCGGAGAUGAUCAAAAAUGUUGGGGAACUGAUGUUUCCCGAUGCUCCAUCAGCCGGAACAGCUUUUCCCGUCGAAAAAAAAACGGAGAGACGGGAAAAGCCGCAAAUGAUCAAAAAUAUUGGGGAAUUAAUGUUCCCGGAUCCCGACAUCAUUGACAUCCCUCAAAUUUCUACGUCCACGAAGCCUCAAGUGGAAGUUUAUAUCCCACCUCCGCCGGCUCAAGAAUUCCUAGAACUUGAAGUUUUGGAAGAAAUAGUUGCUAAUGAUGUUUGUUUCUGCUCGAACUUCUCAACAAAUAUCUUUGUUUCAGAGGUUUGAAGAGCUGCGAGCCAUGUUGGAGAACGAGAAGUGGCCAAAGGAAGUUUUCAAGGGAGACCGGCGUCUGAUGAACAAGGCGAAUCGGAUUUUGCGUUAUUCGACGGAAAAAGCGGCUGAUUCCGAUGAAGCUCUGCGAUUUUUGAGCCUUUUGUUGGUUUUUUUUUCUUGUUUAGUCUUGUUGUCGUCUUGUUUUGGAACUCAAUUUUUUUCAAUCCUAAUUUAGCGGAAUCAUUUUAAUGCCGAAAGUCAAAGUAUUUUCACAGAUAAUGAAGAAUAUUGAAAAAGUCAGAAAUUUAUUCGUCCGAAAUCAUUUUGAAACGACUAAAACGCAGAGCUGCGCGUCGGGCCGAGGUUGAAGGCCUAACCGGCCCAUAAUCGUCGCAAUCGCGAUCUUUUUUUAUCUUAAUUCAUAAUUUACAUCACAUAACUUUUUCUAAAUAACACAUUUUUUUGAUCACUCACUUCCCCAUUUACACUCUGUGAAAAUUUCGAGACAAAAACGUUCGAAAAGUGGCAAACUUUCGACCGCUUCGCGACCGCGUUGCAUCACUAUGGCCAGUCCGGCCGGCCCAGAGUACAGCUCUGCUAAAACGUCAACUUCGAUGCCUAGUUCGGAGUAAUUAUUGAAAAUUCAAAGUAGUUAUCUCUGACUCUCUAAAGUUUAACUAUACUUUUUAACUUUCUGACGGUUGUUUUGCUUUUCGCGGGAUCAUUUCGAACACGGUAAUAUUUGAUAAUUUCUUCCAGCGCCGCUUCGAGUGUACGAGCUUGCAUCGCCGAAGACGUACUCGUCGCGCUGGCGAUUCGUAUUGCGAAGGAGAAAGACGCCGUUUUUACAGCAUCUAGAAUUUCACAAAUCAGCAAGAUGUGCUUGACGAGAGAGCGUAGGAAUUUUUAAGUAAAAUAGACGACGUUGAUGAAUUUUUACAGAGCGAUUCAACCGUAACGUCGUGAGAAGCGCUCUGACAGCUCUGUACUCCGAAGUUGUGGCCAGAGGUGAGAUCUUGCAUUUCUUGACUUCAUUCCAGGAGGGCUGCAUUUUCUCUUUUCAAAAAAAAAGAGAUUUCAUAUUGGUCUGCGUUUUUGCUGUUAGAAUCGAGAACAUGCGAACAUAUAUUAAUCUAUGUUUUGUGCCAGAUCUUCGUCAAAUCAUGAAUCCUUUCUCGACAGGUUUUAGUUUAUUCAGUGUUGACUUGAGAAUUCAGAUUCUAUGUCAAAUUUUUUCCUAGCGGUUGAUCAAAAACACAUUUUCAUUCUUUUGAAUUUAACCUUCCGUUUCUAGAAACAGAAAUUUUAUUCAAAUGAUUAAAAGAAGAUCGAGCCGAUGUUGAUUUUUUUUGCAUUUUGUUUUUCAGGAACCUCCGCCUCGGCAGAACGUGUGAUGGAGGCGUGCGUCAGAGCGAAUUUGGACAAAUCUGCGGAGCUUUUCAUGAAAACGACGACGAGACACGCCCUGCAACAGAGCCAAGACUUCUUGAAAAUUCUGAAAGACUUGGAAGGAGAUGUCGACGCGACACGGAACCACUGCCGGCGUAGAAUCGAUGUGGAUGAUCGCCCUUGGAGAUGAUCAGUGCUCCAGGCCGGAAGCUUGGCGCGUUGGUCGGUUUUAUUCAUUCUUUUUUGAGAGUCUUCUGAGUAAGCUUUUGAGAUCCGGGAAACAAAAGUUUCGUCGACAUAAAAAAGGUUCAAAAACAAGUCUUUUCGGUGGGAUUUCUACGAAAAGAUGGCAUCAUACUGAUAAAAACCUAUCCUAAUUUCUUCACCUACGCUGUUUCAAAUUGAUAAGAUUUUCUGAAGGCUAGCUUGGAUGCAAGAAGGCGUGGCCUAUCUUUGCUCCAAGUAGGCACUGUCUCUUUUCUUAGGACCCCUUUUCGAUGGCUCACGCCAGCCGUGAAUCAUCUGUAUGGGGAGAAAAACGAGAACAGUGCAGGCUCUUCCUGUUAAAUAUAAACUACAGAUAUCAGGAAUCAUUAUCCGAAGAAAGCUCACUUGUGCUGAAAUAUUCUGACAUUUCACGUUCAAUGAAAAAAAAUGCAUUCACGAAAAAGCCGUUUUUAAAUUUCAAAAAAAAAGAAAAGAAAAAAUCCUUUCACGUUAGCGUAUUGCGUUCAAGAUUUCUACUCCUAAAAUUUCUUUAAUAACCAGUUCGGAAAGAUUUGUACAGUUUGAGGCAAAAAAAAGAAGGCUUCUGGUGAUACCAAUUUGACAGUAAAAUGAAUGGAAAGCCGAAAGAUUUUUGGUUAAGUUUUAACCGUGAGCGUUUUUAGAAAAGCUGUUGUCUCACUGCCAAACGGCUGAUCAUCCAUUUGCCAGCGUCGCUCAGCUUCUCUGCGCCUUAGUACGUUUAAACCGAUUGGAAGACGCCGAAUGCAUAUUUAAACGAGUCUCCGUUUCUGGAAGAUACUUCCGUCAACCACUGGAAUCUAUGGUCGAAGAGGUUUUGAAAUUGACAAAAUUUUAGAAAGCAGCUUUUCAAUAUUUCUAGAACGAUUUGGAGGGAAUUGAACGACUAGCCGAGCUCAUCUCGAAAUGUAUCAUCGGAGAGAAGAGACGGGGCGCGCGGAACUUGGCGGCCGUCGAUUCGAAGGUGAGCAGUUGGUCUUUUGGCCGAGUGGCGUUUGCCCUGGCGCGCCGUCGUGGAGGUCGCCGGUUCGACUCCUCCCCAACGCAGUUGUUCAGUAGUGCAAAGGAGUCUCAGUGCUUUUGUGCUUAAUAGAGACUGCAAAAGGAUUCCUGUGGGUUUGUCAAGCAGUUCACCACGUUCUGUGGCGUUCCGUUCAAGAACUGACUUUCAUUUUUGCAUUUUUCGGCGCUUAUAAAUUUCAUAAAUAGAAGUUGGAUAGUUUUCUUCGGCAGUAACCAAUUGAUCAGAGCAUAGAAAGAAAUUUACGAAUUUUGAUAUGAAUACAUGCAGAGAAUGGACAUUCAAGAAAGUUCUUGGGAAACAUUGCAUUUAAAUGUUUCAGAAAGGUUAUUUUUUCUCUGAAUUUCGAAACAUGUUUAAAUGCAAUUUUUCCUAAGAACUUUCUUGAAUGUCCAUUCUCUGCAUGUAUUCAUAUCAAAAAUUCGUAAAUUCAGAGAAAAAAUAACCUUUCUCGUUUGAUUUGUAUGUUUUUAAUUUUCAUGAUUCUCUCAUAAAUCUGAUAGGACACUUACCCUUAACUGAUCGUGAAGCGAAAUAAGUUCAAGCUGUAUUUGAAAAAAUUUAAUUUCCGUGUUUCAUUGAAAUUUUUUUAUAUUCAGUACAAAAUUGAGUCACUAUGAAAUUAAACUGAAAACUUUUUUUUUAGAAAGCGGACGAUGAACUUUUGACGACAGUUGAAAAGUUUUUCGGGCUAACGGCUAAAAAACCCAAGUUCACGCCUCUGGGAAAGAAACAAAAAAGAAAGUUCCAUCGAGUUGACGAGCAGCAACUCCACGAAAUCACCGAUGCUUUGCAGGAUGCCUGGAUAAAGUGUUCUGGUCAGUUUUUGAUGACCUUUAAUCAAACAUACCUUGAGGCGAAAGCCGGUGUGAGUCGGGCGCGCCAAGUUACGCGGCCCCGUGCCGGUCAUUUCACGCCAGAAAUGGACCGGUAUCAGGGUUUCGAGCUUCGGCAUGUCUUGCUUUUCAUAGACAUUCUGGAAGAAGUGAGCCGAAUGAUACCAGAUCCAGGUCCAAUCAUUCGAUACGUCGAAGCGGCUCUCAGAAUUGUCGAGAGAGAGGCCCAGAACCGGGCCGAUUGAGCCUCCAUUUUUGCAGCUUCGGAAAAGCUUCCCAACGGCCCUCUGAAGGGCCAAAAAUAAAGGAGAAAAAAAAAGUUUUAUGGAUUUUUUUUUUAAUAGUGGAAUCAAACUAUUUUCGACAGUAAAUUCCAAUCCUUUGACAUUAUGACACUUUUUAACAGAAAACGAAAAACAUAAGAUUUUCAGAUCUUCCCCUUUUUCAAUCUUGGCUCUUUAAAUAAUAUGUAUUCACGGACUUUGAGAAGAUUGUAAAAAUAAUCAAAUACCAAGUUUUUCAAAAAAAAAAAAAUUAUUGGAGAGUAGAAGUUGUAAUUUUCAGAACUGAAAAACGACGUGGAGUCUGGAAAACGACUCAUCCAGUGGUGCACGGAUAAUCGCGUGGAUGUCGAUGAAGGAAUCGCCAAACGAAUCGCAAAUCUCACUUCAACUUAUCUUGUUAAAGCCUAA